AUGGAGAGGACCUGGGACGACGCCUCCCGCGCCGCGUGGGACAGCUGGAUGAAUGCCCGCGCCUACGCCGGCGGCAGCUGGAAGGACGCUCAGAAGGCGGCGGAGCAGUACUGGCGGGACACCAAGGGCAAGUCCAAGGAGGGCUACGACGACUUCAUGUCGGGCGUGUGGCGCAACUACGCCGCCGCCCGCGACUCCGCCGGGUGGAGCUGGGAGGAUGCGCAGCGGGCUGCCCGGGAGUCCUGGGACGCCACCAAGUCCAAGACCAAGCAGACCUGGGACCAGGCCACCGACACGGCAUGGACCAACUGGCUGCGUGGGCGCGCCGCCUCGGGAGCCAGCUGGGAUGAGCUGCAGGGCACCCUGAAGGAGCGGUACGAGGCCACCAAGGGCACUACCAAGCAGUCGUAUGACGAAUGGGUGAAGCAGGCUCGUGCCGCAUAUGACGAGGCCGCCUCUGGCGGCGGCUGGUGGGACUCCUUCUCCGACCGGGUGGCCUGCGGGUGGGACGCCGCCAAGUGCCGCGUGAAGGAGAGCCUGGGCAUGUCAGCGCACGCGGGCAAGACGCCAGAGGAGGUCCGCGGAGAGGCCCACGCCAAGGUGGAUGAGCUCUAUGAUGCCGCCACCCACGCGGAGAAGGCGGAGCUGUGA